AUGUCUCUUCGUGCACUGGCUAUGGUUCAUGCAGAGAACGGGGAUGCUGUUGCUGAGGGACAGCAGCAGAUGAUUGACCUUGGGAUAACUGGUCCAGAAGGGCAUGCUCUCUCAAGACCUCCAGUUUUGGAAGGCGAGGCUACUUCACGGGCAAUUCGAUUAGCAAAAUUCGUCAAUACACCGUUGUAUGUUGUUCAUGUGAUGAGUACUGAUGCAAUGGAAGAGAUUGCCAAGGCUAAAAGAGAAGGUCAGAGAGUCAUCGGGGAACCUAUGGUAUCUGGGCUAGUCCUUGAUGAUUCUUGGCUUUGGGAUCCUGACUUUGCAACUGCUUCAAAGUAUGUGAUGAGUCCUCCAAUCCGGGAAGCAGGGCAUAAUAAAGCACUUCAAGCUGCUCUUUCAUCAGGAAUAUUACAGCUUGUGGGAACUGAUCAUUGCACCUUCAAUUCCACUCAGAAAGCUUUCGGUUCUGAUGAUUUCAGGAAGAUUCCCAAUGGCGUAAAUGGUAUUGAAGAAAGGAUGCAUAUAAUUUGGGAUAGCAUGGUGGAGACCGGCAAGAUCACAGUCACCGAUUAUGUGAGAGUGACAAGCACAGAAUGUGCCAAGAUCUUCAACAUAUACCCUCGCAAAGGAGCAAUCCUCGAGGGAUCUGAUGCAGACAUCAUCAUCCUGAACCCCAAGAGGAGCUUCGCGAUGGGCACGCGCACACACCAUUCGAGGUCCGACACGAACGUGUACGAGGGCAGAAAAGGAAAGGUUGGCUCCCCACAAGAGACCGGCACAAGCACAAGCAACCAAAUCAAGCCUACCAUGCUCCAGCAAAGAUAG